UAUCAAAAUAUUCAUAAAUAGACACAGCUGACGUGUACGUUUGUCGUUAGAUGUCUCUCACUGUUAUGGAGACGCCGUGGAAGAUGGGUAGCAUUUGCCGGCAAGUUCUACUUUUCGCCAUCGUGGCAACCAUCCUAAGCAGUCACCUGGGCUGUGAUGCUCUUACAAUAUCGACAUUCUUUGGUGCGGAAGACAAAGCACGUUUAAAAUCCCUAUUCCUAUCGACAAAAGCACUAGCUGACUUGCCAUCAGCACAUUAUGCGGCAUUUGGCAGUAAACUGUUGGGAGAGAAGCUUCCCAAACCUCAGGAUUACUGUAAUGUGUUCAAAAAAGUUGACCAGCAGAACUUGGAAUCGUUAUUUCAUGCCGUAUCUGGAAGCAAGCUUGUAGAGAACUGCCAGGUUCCCGUGACAGAGGCUACACUUCAAAAUGCCCUUAAGGAAGACUCAAGUGUUGCACAGCUGUAUCACGCCGUGUUAACAUUGAAAGCACUUGGAAGUCCCGUUGACUCCGCUAAGGUAACUCAGCUCCUCCAGGCUGCGCUCAAGAAGGACGACAGUGUUCUGAAUCUAGGGUACGCUUUCCACAUUGCGUCAGCGCUUGGCGGCAACGUUAGUCCAUUCUUGGAGCGUGUUGAGGAUGCUAUUGUGCAGGCGGAUGAGGUUGGUGGAGAAAUUCUCCAGUUUGAAGGUGGCCUCAGCAUCACAGCAACAAUCAUAAGCGGCGUCUACAGGUUGGCCGAGGUGGGCAAACAGGCCCCUACGGUCACAAAGGAACAAGCGCUCAAGUUUACCAACUAUUUCCUGUCACGAAAGAACGUUCAGACCGUCAAGGGAGCUGCCCUCUUGUACGACGUGCUGAAGCUCCUGACCGAGAACAAGUUCCAUGUCCCCGUCGCUGUCACCGUUUCGGGCCCUUCUGCUUUGACGGCUGCUUCCCCGACGGUAGUGGUGAAGGUGACCAACGUUCUCGGUCAACCCUUUGGACCUCUUUCCGUCAUAUUGAGCAAAGCCGUGCGACUCGUUGAUGAUACGGCUGUCCUGGAGCGCAAACCUUUUGCCCCUUCCAAGGAGGACGCGUCGCUGUACGUGUUCAACUUCAUGUCGAGCAAGCCGCGGAGGGGCUUCUACAAACUCAACCUGAAUGCUGUGCCAAUCCAGACUGAUGCUAGGCUGCUUGGAAACUCUGAUGCCGAAGUUGAGGUAAAGGUAAUGACGCAGGUAGAAGUUGUAAACCUGGAAAUUGGCACGAGCGAUCGGGAACAGACAUCUGCGCCAAAGAUGGAUAAGGUGCAAUUCCAAGGCAAGCUGGCCAAUGUUAUCGAAGCUGACAACCAUCAGAAAUUGGUGAUGAAAUUCUCCAUCAAGGAUCGUGCUAACAGUGAUCUCAUGUUGGCCCAUCAAGCAUUCGUGCACCUGCACCAUGUGGAGACGAAACGGGAGAUUGUCUUUCUGGCUGAGCCUGACAACACCCUCAUCUACCGGUUUGACCUUGAUCUGCACCUGAAAGCCAAAGACCUGGGCUACCUGUCAGGAAAAUACUCUCUGUCCCUCAUUGUUGGUGAUGCCGUUGUUGACAACCCAUUCCAAUGGACAUUGGCUACACUUGAGCUGAGCCUUCCACAGAACCCAAACCCACCAAAGGAAGAUGCUGUCAACGUACAUGUACCGAAGCAAGAGAUCAAGCACGUCUUCCGAGAGCAAGAUAAGAGGCCGCCUGCAGUCCUCUCCAAUUUGUUCUGUGGUCUCGUGUUGGCUCCAUUGCUGCUCCUCCUCAUAUUGUGGUUCAAGCUCGGAGCAAACAUUUCUGGCUUCCCGCUCAGCCUGAGCGCAGUUCUGUUUCACCUCGGACUAGCAGCUAUCUUUGGCCUUUUCUUCUGCUUCUGGGUAAACCUGAACAUGUUUACUACGCUCAAGUGCUUGUCCGGAGUAGGGGCCAUAACCUUCAUUUCCGGCCACCGCUUGUUAUCGGGCAUCACGCAAAAGAAGUGAAGGCUCUUGGGUAAUGUGGGGUGAUGAUCAUAGAGGAAGCAACAUUCCCAGGAGCACUUUCGCCAGCCAUGCUGAAAAUAGUCAAGUCACCGAAAUUGCAUCUGCAUCACAGUCUUCAUGUCACAUUGUGCUUCAUUGGGGUUGUAAAAGAAGUCAGAAACUUUGAGGGCUUAAAAUAAGUUUCUUGUUUUGUGUGUUGGUUUUUUUUUUGUUUUGUUUGGUACUUGUUGCAUCCUUUUUCUACAAAAUAAAUUCCUGCCAACACAA